GAAGAGGAAGAGGAGGAGGAGGACUAGCUCUUCUUCUACGAUGUGCUGAGAGCAGCUGUUUCAUUUCAACGCCGCCUCCGAGCAGCACAGUCCUCUCGCUCUCUCUCUGCCUCUUUAUCUUUAGGUUUAUCUGGGAUUUUUUGGAUGAAAAGUGCCAACAUUUAUUCUUUGUUUGUACCCUCCUCCAGCCUCCACUGGGCGGUGAAGAGAGAAGUUUGAACCACCCAGCUGCUGCUGCUGCUGCUGCUGCUCAGGAGACGGCGGAUCUUGAAAUCUCACCAUCCUACACUAUAGUUUUUUAUCUUUUUUUGUGGGGUGGAAGUUCUCAUCGACUUCAGUGAAGUUUUAAAUCUGCCCCGAGAGAAGACAGCAUCAUGACUCGGAGAUCCUGUGCCAUUUACGCCACCGGGAUCGUGUGCGCUCACCUCCUGAUAGUGGGGAUCGCCCUGGUCGUGGCUCAAGUCUUCCAAACAUUGAUCCACAGCCGGUUAAAAAAGGAAAUAACUUUGACAGAGAAGAGCCAAAUGUUUGAAGCGUGGAAGAAUCCCCCUCCACCUGUGUAUAUGGAGUAUUACUUCUUCAAUGUGACCAAUCCGGAGGUGUUCUUGGCAGGCGGGAAGGCAGCUGUUAAACAGAUCGGACCCUACACUUACAGGGAGUACAGGCCGCGGGAGAACGUAACCUUCCUGGAGAACGGCACCAAGCUCUACGCCCUCAACCCCAAAACUUUUGUGUUUGUGCCCGAGAAGUCGGCCGGUAACCCCGAGGUCGACAUCAUCAGGACCGUGAACAUCCCGUUUGUGGCGAUCAUGAGCGAGCUGAACUCCUACUCCUUCUUCCUGCGAACUUUGGUUUCCAUGUACAUGAACAGCUUGGGCGUCGAGGUGUUCAUGGCCCGCACCGUCCACGAGGUUCUGUGGGGCUUCAAAGACCCUCUUCUCACUAAGGUCCACUCCUUGAAGCCCGAAGUGGACGAAUAUUUUGGUCUCAUGUGGAAGAAAAAUGGCACCCAUGAAGGAGAGUUUGUGUUCCACACCGGCGAGGAGGACUACAUGGAUUAUGGCAAGAUCGACACGUGGAACGGCAUGAGGGAGAUGUCGUGGUGGUCUUCCAAUCAGAGCAACAUGAUCAACGGUACGGACGGCGCGGUCUUCCACCCUCUGAUAAACCGUAACGAGCUGCUCUACAUCUUUGCUGCUGAUCUCUGCAGGUCUAUCCAUCUAGCCUAUGUGGAAGACGUGGAGGUGAAAGGCAUCCAGGCGUUCCGCUUCGCACCCCCUAACGACGUCCUCAUGAACCCCAAAGAGAACCCCACCAACGCAGGCUUCUGUGUGCCGGCUGGAGAAUGUCUCGGCACCGGGGUGCUUAAAGUCAGCGUUUGUCGAGAAGGUGCUCCCAUCGUGGUGUCGUUCCCCCACUUUUAUCAAGCGGACCCGAAGUACAUCAAUGCUGUUGAAGGGCUCAGCCCCAACAAGGAAGAACACGAGACGUACCUCGACCUGCAACCGACCACAGGGGUUCCCAUUCGUGCCUGCAAGAGAGCUCAGCUCAACAUCAUCCUGAAAAGAGUCCAAGGCUUCCCCAAAACCAAGUUCAUCAACGAGACCAUUUUCCCCAUCAUGUUCGUCAAUGAGACGGCGACUAUAGACGAUGACUCUGCAUCCCAGAUGAGAACGAUGCUCCUAAUCGUGACUCUGGUGUCAAACUUCCCGUUGCUCAUCGUGGGUUUGGGCAUCAUCUUGCUGCUGGUGCUCGUCGUCUUGUUCUGCCGAAACCGCCAGAAGGAGAAUGAAGUAAAACGUAUUGAUUUUACUGAAGCUUUUCAUUCUUUUACUACGGUGAAAGACGACACGGCCUACACUCAGGUCAGCGACAAACCCGAGGAGCCGUCAGAAACGCCAGCCAACCAGCCGAUGAGAAACGGCUCCUACAUUGCCAUGUCUCCAGUGGAGGCCCAGAAGUGUUGAUCGAGGAUCCCCUCCCCAAGUGUGGAGCUCAGGAAGGGGGCUGAGGGAGCAGCACAGGGGCGUUACAUUACCACGGGUGGGGGGUUUGCUUACACAGCGGGCUAAUUUUCACUUAUAUUAGGGGUGGGGGGUGGGGAGGAUAGGGGUGGGACACAAGCCCCAGUACAUGUUUAGUCAACAAAGACAUUGCUCCUCUCGCUGAGCCCUCUUAUGACUGUCUGUCCUCCUCUACUCGACCUGCUGAGCAUGGCCCUCAACUGCCUGCCGUACUGCAACAACAAACUCCCAUACUCUUUAGUCCUCGUUUCCGUCCUGGUCGACCUUAAAGGUGAAGGGACUCUCGGCGGGUUCGGCCAGGACAAGCCUUUUUUUCCGUAAUUCUUCUGAGGGAACACGGUAGCAUAGGUGCCGCUGUCGCACACGGAUGCAUGAUCUACCGAGCAGACUCUGCCGACUGACAACUGCUCAAAGAGGGUUUUAGUAUUCACCCGAACAACAGUGGGUGUCAUCGCCGUCGCAUUCUUGUCCUCUCCAUCAGAGGAGAAAACAAAAAUAAUCCCCCGUAAACUGAAUCCUUAGGACAAAACUCUGAGCUCCUGCGCUCAGAGGAUAACAUCUUGCUAAUACAAACUGAACUUAGCAUAUCUUAGCAAGCUUUUUGUAAAAAAAAAAAAGAUAGAAGAAAAAACACUGAGCCAAACUAUUUAUAGCAAUUUUUGCCUUUUUUUUUCCUAAGACGAAUUAGUGCACCCACACACACACACACACACACCGCACUUCCAGUAUCAGUUAGUGAAAGUGUGUGUGCACUUUUAUCUUACACUGUCCUGUUUUGAUGGGCGACUAUUUUUCUUGAUGCAGGCACAGUGUAAAGACAUCUGGAAAACUUGUGAUUUUGAUCCCUCCUCCUCCUCCUCCUCUCCAGAACACUAGUUAAACAAAAUAUUCAUCUAUAUUUCCAAGUUGAUGACUAGUUAGCUGUGAAAUUAUUACCACCAGUAGCUUGAUAAAGUUGCACCUUUUUAGGCUUCAUCAAUACAUUCAAAACAAAAAGGAGAAAAAACAAACACCCACAGAACUUACAAGGGAGACUUGAACCUGCUUUCUGCCUUAUAAUGGUUCAGUGUGUUCUUUUAUGUUCAUACGGUGUUCAAAUAAGCUGGAAAUCUCUUCUGUCGUUAUUGUACAUAUGUAAAAGGGGAAAUGUUGAGAUACCUCUGACCAAAUCCAGCAAGCAGUCCUUCUAGGUGUGCUGAAAAAGACACUAACGUUGCUCUGGUGUCGACCGCUCCUGCACGUCUACACUGUUACUUAUUAGAGAAAGCACAAUUUGGAUUGCUAAAACCAGUCCUCACACAAGGCUACCAGGUUUUUUUUGUCCUAUUGCGACGUAUAUUUACAGCUGAUCUGUCAAAGACACUGUCAAAGUGCCGUGACUAUUAAAAAAAAAAAAAAAACGUGGAACCAUUGGGGGUUUUGAGGGAGCCCUGAGCACCACUCGCCGCUGUGCAGUCAUUCAGUUUGCCAGGGAGCUGUAGGCAUUCAGGCAAAAACGCAGCACACAGCACUUGAAUCACUGUUUGUCUUAUGUUUCAAUGUGUUUUAAUUUUUCUGUCCGCCACACCUGUCUCGUCACGUCAGCGGUAGUCGCUAGUGGGAAGUGAAUUUAAGGCCAUAAUACUGUCAACGUGGGAAACUCCCUGCACUUUGCCUGGAAAUGUGCCCUGUGUAUUUUCAUUGUUUUUUUUCUUUUGUCCUGUUCAUUUCAAUGCAGGUGGUCCACUUGUUCAAUACAUUUCAAAGGUUUAUCCUCGUUAGUAUUGGUUAUGAAGGAUGUGAAUGAACACACAUCCAUGCCUCUGUGUUACUUGCUUUUUCAGCACAUGGAGUGUCUUCUUUUGAUAUACUUUUGUAUUUGUUAUUGCUGCUAAAAAACAAAAUGCCAUAACCUAUGGACUUGUAUUUGUACAUACGUUGUACAUAACGUGUUCUCUUUCAGGUUGAACCACAGAUGCUUUCUGUGUUGCCAACCACCUUUUGACACCUGAGCACAAGAUACAAAGCCCAGAGCUUGCUGCCAUUUAUUGGAAUUUAGCAGUUACAGUUAUCACUAGCAACACUUUUUUGUAAACACUUAACACACUCAUUCCUCUUAUUAGCAGAUGACCAUAUCACAUGUAUAUCGUUGGGGUUUAUUAUAGACGUAGUGAACUUAACUGGAGGUGCCCAAAUAGGGUGAGCCGCUUCGUUUAAUAAGAUCGGUGUCGGGAGUCUGAGUCUGGGAUUAAUAACACUGUGGUGGAGAGUAUUCCUUUAAGGUUAAAUCAAUUCACUAAAAGGCCUUUUUAUUCCACCUACAUGCAAAAUCACAGUCCAUCCACCUUUUGAAAAAAACUUGAACCUUAGAGACCUUAAUCCCGAGAGUCGUGUGUGUUGCUUGUACAGCAUCUGUUCAAACACACACCUGAGCCAUUGCUCCUCCACUGUCUGACUUCUACUACACCGACCUUUGAGUCCAAUCCUUCAAACCUAUCUGCUCGUCCCUGCUUGACCAAAGAUAACCUACAUAGAUCUGCCCCAGCGCCGUGUUUACUCUCCUCUGUGAUAACGGUUGUGCCACAAAACCACCGCCUACCCUUUUUUUUUUUUUGUGAAGUAUUUGCAGCAGUGCUGUGUGAGCGUGAACAUGUGUGUAUGUGCCUUUCUUUACAUCAAGGCAAGAAAAAGUUGUUUCACAAGUUGGUUUGAUGAGUAUUGCUUUUUUUGUCACCCGGCGCAAGAGCAAACAAAAGUAAUCAAUGCUCUUUGUGAGCAGAUCUCAGUAUUAUGUAAGACAAAGCAAUACAGAGUUGUGUAAAAUACAUUGUUUUGUAAGGGGCCACACAAUAUUUAUGUAUCUUUUGUUUUUUUUCCCUGAAUUUGUGAUUUUUGUUAGUUGUAUAGAGGUAUUUCCUUUUGCGGUAGCUUGAUUUUAGUUUUUUUUGUAAUAUUCAGCAUUUCAUUUUUUGAUCAUUUCAAUUUAUUUUCACACUGAAAAUACAAAACAAAGUGUAAAAAGAUGGACCAGUAUGUCACGCUGGGAGCUGUCAGAGACCUGUAAAAUGUCUGUAAGAGUGUUCAUGAAUGGUUUAAGAUUCGGGUGUUUGAGAACUCGUGUGAGUAAAUUUGUGUUUGUGGAGCAGAUGCACCAUUUCUGUCAAACUGGAGUGAUUUUUUUUUUUUUUUUUUUUUGUACUGGAAGGCUGAUUAUCUUGACGACUGAGUAAAGUAAAGCGUUGUUGCUGUGUAACCUAUCUAGAUGAAUGAAGCCCUCCUUCAGGGAUGAGCACUAGUGCCAUACCAUCCUUUUAUUAUUAUUUUCCUUAAUUUGGUGUAACAGCCGCAUCUCCCCCGUUUCGAUGUUCUGAAGUCACUAACAGACGUUUCCUCUUGAGAUAUAUACUAAUUUGUUUUGCUGCUGAAAAUGACAAUCCUUCUUGUCAUGUGAGGUGCAAAAUGAGUUCAAAGUAAUAUCCAAUUUUUAGUUUUGAUAAUUUACACUGCACAGAUGUUUCUACAGUGCUUUUGUAAACAUUUCUAGUGUAUUUGCAAAAAAAUAAAAGUUGCAGUCAAGUGCAAAGUUCACACGG